AUGACUGUGACCAAUUCCCAAAAACCCGAGCCAAUCUGGCAGCCAUCGUCUCAUUUCAUCGGAGACGAGUCCCUCUGGCCCUCUAGCGCCAGGGUCUAUGAGGAAGCCAUCCAAACUUACCGGCCGGCAGCAGCAGGCAACCGGCAUCAUGCGAUGUGGAAAGUAUACUGGUGCGGAAUUUCGGAAGCUUAG